AUGAGAGUAAAUGGAAGGUUCCUUGGAAGGUGGCUGGUUGGAAGCUUCCUUGAUGGAGGCUAUGCGGAUGGAGGAGGAGGAGAAGAGGCAAGGGGGUCAAGGUUUCUAAGGGGAAAGGCAAGGAUCUCGUCCCUCUCCACCUCCUACAAUGUGGUGGAUCAACUCAAGCUCACACCCGUGAGUGCGAGCGUGUGGAACUACAUCAAAGAUAGCGACAAGGUGAGAAAGGAGCUGAUGGAGGCCUUGAAAAAGGGGGAUGAGGAGAUUGUGGAGGGGGCAGCCGCUAUGCCAGGAGUGGCAAAGGUCGUGGCAGCCGCACCGGUAGAGAAGGAGGCGCCUAGAGCUAGUUACAUAAUUUUUCAGAUCCCACAGAACAUCAACGAGGAGGAUGAGGAGCGCAUCAAGGAGCGGAUGGAGGAGCAGGAUUUUCUAAAAUGGAUGGAGGAGAUGAGGGUAGCCAUGGCAGAGGAGGAAGGGAGGAUGGAGUUGAACGUGGAGGAGGAGGAUGAGUAA